AUGAACGGCAACGCGUCGCAUGCGCCUAUCGAGGUCUCAUUUCCUCUUCCAAAAGCGCCACAUACGAACAUCCACCUUCAGCUCACAAACAAUGGCCCGAACCUGCUGCUCUUCCUGACUACUGCAACAGCCGAAUCUGCGUCUUCUGCACCACUUGGUUCCUUCGUAUACUCGAUGCCGAAUAGGGCCAAACCUGCCGAAGCACUCAGUACACCCCUCUUUACCCACGGCGGAACACUAGACUUCACGACUCGUCUAUCCAAGGUACUCGCGCGUAAGACGGGGAAGCCUGUAUAUGUAGGGAACUCUUCCAGUUUCGCAAGUGCAGGCAUGGGAGGGACAGUCGAAGAAGAGAUGGAGGCUUUUCGAAGGGUGGUUGAGGUUGUGACGGGCCUGCUGAAGUCGGAGAAAGCGUAG